UGCAUUUCAAAGGUCGGUACUCACCCGAGUCCCAGGGAGAAGGAGAGGAACGGUUCCGCUGUUGCAGAGCCUUCCAAUCCCCGAUCUCUCUAACAAUAUCACCAUUCAGGUGGAAAGAAACAGAAGGCAUUUCGUUUGAGAAGUCUGGCAAUUUCUUCAGACAAGCCAGUUCUUUACUGCAUUUGGUGAUGUUAUUAUUGAAUUUUGAACCGUGAUUGAUUUGUUAAUGGGAUUUCAAGGGUUUGAAUGUGGCGGAGGAGUUUUGCAUUUGUUUAUCACAGAAUCGUGAGAGCCUCUGUUUAUUGUCUUUGAGUGAAUUGGGGGUUGGAUUUGAGAAGAAAACAGAGGAGAGUGAGAGAUGGGGGAUAUUGGUGGUGAGGAACCAGGGCAUUGGAACGCAAAGGGACAAGAGGAGAAGAUUUUAGUCUCAGUGAGGUUGAGGCCUUUGGACGUCAAAGAAAAUUCAAGGUACCAUGUCUCAGAUUGGGAAUGCAUCAAUGUGAACACCAUUAUAUACAAGAACAGCCUCAGCUUACCUGAACGGUCCCAGUUUCCAAUUGCCUAUACCUUUGACAGAGUAUUUGGACAAAACUGCUCGACAAGGCAAGUGUAUGAUGAAGGAGCCAAAGAAGUUGCUCUUUCAGUUGUCAAUGGUAUUAACUCAAGCAUUUUUGCAUAUGGGCAAACAAGUAGCGGAAAAACAUACACCAUGACUGGAAUUACUGAAUGUGCAGUAUCAGAUAUAUAUGACUACGUGGAGAGGCAUAGAGAUAGAGAAUUUAAAUUGAAGUUCUCUGCCAUGGAGAUCUACAAUGAAGCUCUCAGAGACCUACUCAGCUCAGAUAGUGCUCCACUCAGACUUCUAGAUGAUCCAGAGAGAGGGACUGUUGUUGACAAACUUACGGAGGAGACUCUGAGGGAUAGGAACCAUCUACAGGAGCUCCUUUCCAUAUGUGAAGCCCAAAGACAGAUAGGGGAGACUGCCCUGAAUGAAACAAGCUCCAGAUCUCAUCAAAUUCUCCGAUUGACAAUUGAAAGUUCUGCUCGUAAAUUUGUAGGAGCUGAGAACUCAAGCAGUCUUGCAGCUACUGUGAGUUUUGUUGAUCUUGCGGGAAGUGAACGUGCUUCUCAGACAUUAUCAGAGGGUACAAGAUUGAAAGAAGGUUGCCACAUAAAUCGCAGUUUACUAACCCUGGGAACUGUUAUUCGCAAAUUAAGCAAAGGAAGAAAUGUGCACAUACCAUAUAGAGACUCUAAGCUGACACGCAUUCUACAGAACUCCUUAGGAGGCAAUGCUAGAACUGCCAUCAUUUGCACUAUGAGCCCUGCACGCAGUCAUAUUGAGCAAUCAAGAAACACUCUCUUGUUUGCAAGUUGUGCUAAAGAGGUGUCAACAAAUGCGCAUGUCAAUGUAGUGAUGUCAGAUAAGAUAUUGGUAAAGCAUUUGCAGAGAGAAUUGGCUAGACUGGAGAGUGAGUUGAGAAGUUUAGAAUUAAAUCAUGCUGCCAAUGAUUCUACCGGACUACUGAAGGAGAAAGAGCUUCUGAUUGAAAAGAUGGAUAAAGAGAUAAAAGAUUUAACUCAACAACGCGAUCUUGCUUACUCUCAAAUUGAGGAUUUGCUAAAAUCAAUUGGAGAAGAUCAAUCAAAACAAUCGAUGGAAUCUGAUCAGAUUUCAGAACACCAAGUGCAAAAUACAUGGUCAGAUGAACCUUCAGCAUCAGAAUCAUCAGAUAUGCCUAAUUCCCAUUGCCUGGAUUUGGAUCUCACAACAUGCAGCUCAUCUCAGUAUUCUGACCACGACAAUGGCCUUAAUUCCAGAGGGGACAGCCUACAGCUUCCUGAGAAUUCUGAAAACCACUUUCCAUCCGAUGAUGCUUCUUCAAUACUGUCAACGAAUACUCCAAUAUUUGUUGGGCCCAAUCCAUGUCAGGGGUGGGAGAAGACCAUUCAGGGACUGGAUAGGAACACAGAAGAUGAUACUUCUUUACCUUGUCCUGAAGAGAAAGAUGGAAAGUUAGCUUUGACGGUGGCUGGGGAUACAGAUGCGAUAUCAUCUCAUGGUUCUUUGGAGCAAAAAAUUCAGGACAUGAAAAAGACCAUUGAGAGCCUUUUCAGUAUGUUUCCUCUAGAACCAUCUCUUUGUUUCACUGAGGCAGACAAGUCUAGUUCCAGAAGCUUGAGGUUGAAUAGAAGCAGAAGUUGUAGAUCAGUUAUCAUGACUAUCCAAUCUCCAUUGUUUGAUGAGGCAGAACAGGGUGAGAGCAUACUGCCAAAUGGUUUAGACGAAGAUUUCCCUGGAAGACCAGAAGGCUUCCUGCCAAAGCUUGCUGAAAUGGAGUUUGGUGAUGGCAUGAAAAAAUUUUCCAGACAAGAUUCUCGAACUUCUGUUAGAAGUGUUUCCAUGGAUGAAAAAGCACAGAAUGUCAAGACAUCGGGUGAAUGGGAUACCAAUAGUGCCCAAUAUUUUGUUGCAAAAUUGAAUGAAAUGGCCGAAGUUCAGUCUGCAAUGGAACUUGGUGAUGAUACGGUCAUGGAGACGACACCAGAUGCUGACGACACUGCAGGGAAAAAUAAAGUUGACCGGGAUACUAAGCAGAAUGCUUCUAAAUCUUUAAGUUGGGCCUUAGAAUUUAAAAGGCAACAGAGAGAGAUAAUUGCACUUUGGGAUACAUGCAAUGUACCUUUGGUUCAUAGAACCUAUUUCUUCCUGCUCUUCAAGGGUAAUAAAUUAGACUCUGUUUACAUGGAGGUAGAGCUAAGAAGGUUGUAUUUUCUUAAGGAGUCAUUUUCUCAUGGAAGUGGAGCUGUGAAAGAUGAUCAACCUCUCACUCUGGCUUCAAGCAAGAGGGCUCUGAAUAGCGAGAGGGAAAUGUUGAUCAAGCAAGUGCAGAAGCGGUUCUCCAGAAAGGAGAUGGAGACGAUUUACCAGAAGUGGGGUAUCGAUUUGGACUCAAAGCAGAGGAAGUUACAAUUGGUACAACGUAUUUGGAGUGACAUCAGAGACAUGAACCACAUUAGGGAGAGUGCUGCCCUUGUUGCUAAGUUAGCUGGGUUCAUAGUGCCCAGUGAGGCGCCCCAGGAGAUUUUUGGACUCAGCUUCUCACCUAAACCCAUGACCCGGAGGUCCUACAGCUGGAGAAGCAACGUGUCUUCUUUGUCAGGAGUUUGAAGGAGUUAAGACAGCCAAGAGUUUUAACCCACGAAAAAUUUACAUUCUUUUGUCUGACUGACUGCCACUUUGAUUUCUAAUUCUUGAUUUCAAACCGAAAUGCAUGUAAUCCCACGCUGGUCACGAAUUAAAUUUGGCCCUUGUUGCUUACCUGCCAUGUAUUUAUCCAUCCAGGCAUUACUUGCGCUAUAACACGCUAUCCUUAAAUAAUAUAAGGGAAAGGGAACUGGUUUUGAAUCUUGAUAUAAGAGCAGAAACCUUGGUAUUAUUCUCUCUCUCGUCUUCUCAUA